CUGAUGUAGUGCGCGUGCGCGCUGGCGUGGGGCGCGUGCGCUGCUGGCGGGGGAGGCGGAGGGAAGAUGGCGGGCGGCCGCGGGUCGUGAAGCGGCGGCGGCGGCGGAGGCGGAGUUUGCCGGAGCCAGGACGACGAGGCGAGCGGCGAGGUGUCGGUGGGGCGCGGAGUCCCGCCUUCCAGCAGGACGCAGCCAUGGCCACGGAGAUCGGCUCCCCGCCGCGCUUCUUCCACAUGCCGCGCUUCCAGCACCAGGCGCCGCGGCAGCUCUUCUACAAGCGGCCCGACUUCGCCCAGCAGCAGGCCAUGCAGCAGCUCACCUUCGACGGCAAGCGCAUGAGGAAAGCUGUCAACAGAAAGACCAUAGACUACAACCCUUCUGUCAUCAAAUAUUUGGAGAAUAGAGUGUGGCAGAGAGACCAACGAGAUAUGCGAGCAAUCCAGCCCGAUGCAGGAUAUUACAAUGAUUUGGUCCCUCCUAUAGGAAUGCUGAACAACCCUAUGAAUGCUGUGACAACAAAAUUUGUUCGGACAUCUACUAAUAAAGUGAAAUGCCCAGUGUUUGUUGUCAGGUGGACUCCUGAGGGGAGACGCUUGGUCACUGGUGCAUCUAGUGGGGAGUUCACUUUAUGGAAUGGACUGACUUUCAAUUUUGAAACAAUAUUGCAGGCUCACGACAGCCCUGUAAGGGCUAUGACUUGGUCACACAAUGAUAUGUGGAUGCUGACAGCAGACCACGGGGGAUAUGUGAAAUACUGGCAGUCCAACAUGAACAACGUCAAGAUGUUCCAGGCACAUAAGGAGGCGAUUAGAGAGGCCAGUUUCUCACCCACGGAUAAUAAAUUUGCUACAUGCUCUGACGACGGCACUGUUAGAAUCUGGGACUUUCUACGUUGCCAUGAGGAGAGAAUUCUUCGAGAAUUCUUCAAGGAUUAUCCAGUCUUUGUCCCUAAGAGCACUUAGUGUGGGUGUUCCAGUCUGCAAUUUCACACAAGGAUGUCUGUUCCCAGUAAGCUUGGCUAGAAAUACUGGCACUUAGAAGCUGCAUUAUUUCCUGCACAACUCUGUCAUCUCAGGCAUCAUCCCUUUCCACAGGUGUAGCAAUCACAGUAGUUCAGUGAAAUUCAGAGGAGGUUCUGAGUCAUGGGGGUUUAUUCCACAGAAGUGACUUACUAGAUAUUCCACAAGUUUUUUUAACCCGUUGUACAAUAUUUAUUUACCAAAUUAAUGACUUGUUCCAACAGAAUGUUGGUAUUUGAAUAAGUUCUUUUAAAACUUUUUUGUAAGAUGGGUUAACUUACUUGGUAAGUAAGUUAACUUACUUUAUUUUGUAAGUAAGGAAGGCAUGAGGCAAUUUUUCUGAGAAAUUCUUGGCAGCAGCAAUUAUCACAAAUAACUAACAAGCAAAGUUCGUUAUUGGUGUAUGAAAGGGAACAGUGUGGGGAAUUUAAAUUGGAAUUUAAUUUGACAUAAAGUGCCAUAUUAAAAACCUUAGAAAUUAAUGUUUCAUUUAUUAGAAUGAAGAGUAUCAGAAUGUUUUUUCCUGAUGUAUCUACUCCUUGCAGUCCUUGCACAGGAGGAACUCAAGCUUAGGGGUGAGGAGGUAAUUAAGUUUUCAGUUUGUUACUGUCCAUGGCUCUUGGAUUGCAGUUACUGUCGGCUGGACAUCUGCAGGGCUGGCAAUGGUCACCCAGCUGCUCCAGGUGAUGUGGUCUGCUCUCCAGAUGUUUUGUCCUAAUUCUAGUUCCAGUCAGCCUGAACAAAUUACGUGCUAGUGAAAAAUGAUAAAUUGCACUAAUAAUUCUGAAAAUCUGUCCCCCUUAAGAAAAAAACUUUAAUUCACAGAAGAGCAGAAAAGCCUUCCUCAAACCACUUGAUAGAUGAUCAGGCUCUAUAAUUUUAUAUAACAAAAACUUCUGGGGAGGUUUACUCCUUUGUACAUGAUGCAGGACUAUUUCCUGCUGCUUUGCCAUGCAUGUGUGUCAUGCAGACUGCAGAGCUCAGUCCCCAGUGCUUUGUGUGAGUGCAGUGAUCCAAGGGCACAGGGAGAUCAGGGCCCUGCUGCUGCUGCAGUCCUCCAGCAGAGUAAGCUCCUGUUUGUAGGGUCAGGUGUUCCCCCCUCUCCCCAGUGCAGUGCUGCUUGCAGCUGCUCACCUGCCUGGCACACUGACUCUUGUAAAGCUGCAUCUUGCUAGCAGCAGAUAAUUCACAUGGGAGUGUGUAUUCCAAACCGAGACCAGCCUGAUGGAGGUGUAUUCUGUGUACUGAAGCAAUAACUGUAUUUUAUUUGCACUGAAAAUAAACUGUUGACAUGGGAUUAUACCUGUUAAAGCUUCUUUUUUUUUUUUUUUUUUUUUUUGUUAACUUUUUAAGGUUAAAAAUGCACUUUCCUCCCCAAUACAGAGUUGCUGUGUUAACAGAAAUAUUUAAAAAAUCAAAGUGUAAAUUUGGCAGCGCUUGCCUCAUUUGGCCAACAGAUAUAUAUGGGUUUUUUCAGUUUCCUCAGUGGCUUAUUUCAGUAGCAAUGACAUGCUCUUACCUAGUCUUCCUUAAACAGAAAUUAUACCAUCUUCUCUCACGACAGUCAUCUUUCUUUGGUUUGUGCUUAUGAGACUAUGUAUGGAAAUUAAUCUGUGCAAGUGAAGAGGUGACUUUUUCCCUGCCUCCUGCACAGCACUGAUUCACUUAAUCAGCAAUUUUAUUUUAUGGAAGAUUUCUGAAGUCCAGUUUCCUAGAAGAUAAAUCCUGCACAUUCCUCAGCUUAGCUACAGACAUCACACACAGCCCUGUAAAAAGUGUUUUAUUUGAGAAAGCACAGAUCAGUUCCUCAGGAGAGCAGCCUCAUCCUGGCCAUGAUCUCCCCCUCAUUAUUUUUGUGCUUAGCCCACUUCCUUCCUUCUGCCUGUUAUUUUCCAAAUUUCCCAUCUUCCCAAGAGCACUUGCUUUUUAGCUUUUCCUGUCUCUGGAGCUUCAUAUAUGAACCCAGUUCAUUGUGGUUAUGGGAACUGGUUUGUACAUUUCUGAGACUGGAAAGGUAUUUUGUAUUUUCUUCCUUUCAGUGUGUGUAAGAUGAAAAAUUUUAAAAGCUGCUACAGAAAGCACUGAGAGAAAUCUAAAGAUUCCUUAGGAAAAAGCUUCUUUCUGAACCACAUCAUCCCAGUAAACACUUCUCCUUUUUUGCCUUUAAUUUUAACUUUAUCAUAUAGUUAUGUUUUCUUUUGGAGGUUUGAGCCAUUUUUUACACAGUUGCAGAUGGUUUGAAGUUUAGCAGGUACCUUUUGUGGUGCUGGUUUUGUAUAAUAAAUGCUCCAAAAUCCAGACAAAAAAAGCCCUGCAGAUAACUGGUUAACAUUUUCAAUUUGUAUUUGCAGAACGGUGAUAAUUAAAAUCUCUGGUAUUAAUAUUCCUCCUGUGGUGCUUAUCCCAUAUCAAAGAAGACUGAGUUAAAAUUCUGCAGGCAAGAUCAUUGUUUUAGAAAAACUGAAAAGUUUCUUUUUCUCAGUGUUGCUGAAGAGAUGGUCAAACUUCUAUUUUUGUUCUGUGUUCACUUACAGAUAGAUGGACAUUCUCUGUUUUGGCUGUUCUUUUGUCCCUGUCACAUGACUUUUUAUGUAUUCUCUAGAAUUUUGGCUCUAUGUAUUGUUUAGAAUUUUUUAUAAUUUUUUUUUAAAAAGCUCUAAUAUAGCUUUAGUUCAUAAAGUGCUUCAGACAAACUUAUUUUUCCUCAGAGUGCAGGAUUUUUGACUAACCAAGUUUCUGUUUAAAUAUUUGGAAAAUUUUAGUUUUGAAAUAUUAGACAAUGUAUCUGCUGCUAACAUGGAGGGGUGUGCAAUAACAGCCAGGAGCUGUUGGUGUAGCACUGAGAUUGAAUAUUUUUCUGCUUCUGAGCAGCAAUUUUCCUGUUCUAAUCAACAUUUUUUCCUGUGGAAGCUCUGAUUCAUGAGAAGGUAACACUGCAGUUACAGUUGCAGUAAGCUUUUAGAAUUCUUUCCUGCCAAAUUCUGCAUAAUUUCUUUUUCUUAUUUUGGGAAUUUGUAACAUGCUGCAAGGUACAUGUCCCUGUAGACUCAAACACAAAUUCAGUUAUAACCUGCAUCACAGAGGGGAACAAUGUUCAUGUCUUGGAUGAUGUUUUUACUCCUUUGAGGCUGGCAGUGAAAAAAUCUAACUGCUAGUGACUUCCAGAAGCACAGAAGGGUUGGAAGAAGUAUUUAGUCUCUCCAUAGCUUGAUGUGCUGGGAUGUGUUUGAUUCCUGUCUCCCCUGCUCUGGUUUUGGAAGAACAGUCUCUAGUAUGUUGUCAUAGGACACCUGUGUCAAACCUAUUUUUUUUUUUUACACUAAAAAGUAGCAGCAAUUUUUUUUCCUGCACUUUAAAAAUUGCAUCUCUCUUGUUUUGUUCACAUCUCUGUGUGAUGUUAGUAAAUGAAUCUGAGGACAGGAUUUUCCACAAAUUAUUGCCAGUACUUUUGUUUGGAAACCUACUUAAACUGGUGAUAGCCCCUUUGCCUUUCUUCUCAUGCCCAUAUAUGUUAUCUUUACAUGUUCUCCAUAUCUUUCCCCCUGGUUUUGAUAUAUCUGAGUUACUUAAAUAUUAUUUGGAUUGUUUUAUCCCAUUUCUUCCUGUUGACAUCUCUCCCUUUCUUUGUUAGGUUUUAUUGAACAAAAUCCCUGGUAAGUUUUGAACAUCAUAUUUUUCCCUGUCUCUCUAUUGAGUCUCAUGUGAAGAGCUUUGGUUUAGAUCCAUUCAUGUGCUUGUAGACUUUAAAAUGAUACAUGGGGAUGCACAGAAUUUUAGACAGCUUCAUAAAUACUUGUGCAGCCACACUGCAAAAUAGUUGUUUAAUAAGGGACCUUUUUUUAGAACUGAAACAGAAAUAAAAGAGAUUUGUAUUUCUCUACUUACUUAGGAACUGAAGUGUUAUUUUUAAAUCUAAAAGAGGGAAAGAUUUUCUUAAGUUUCAGAAU